AUGGCAGCUCAAGAAAACCCAUACACAUCCAAUGUCGCCGUCUUAAUGCAGCCACCACCACCCACUCUGCCCAACAACAUUCACCUGCGUGAUCCACCUGUGUUUUUCGGUCUUCUAGAUGACGAAGUAAAACACUGGAUCAAGUACUACGACCUCAUCAGCAAUUUGAACAGUGAUGACUCUGACCUGUAUUCAUCGAGCGACGAAGAGCCUGAAAAUGCCGUUUUAUCCCGGACAACACCGCCAGCUGACAGUGAGGAUGAAGAGGUCUCAGGAGCUCCAAGCGCGGGCAGUAUCGACAAUGCGCUUAAAGAAAUCCCCAAGCCUUCGAAGGAUUCUCCCACAUGGAAGGCUGUCCGAGGCUCCUCGAGUAAUGCCAUGCCUGAGUGGAAAGACGUACCACCCUACCCAUCCCCGGUGGAGUCUCCCAUCACCUAUUUCAGAAACUUCUUUGACGUGACAUUCCUGUCUCACAUCUGUGUGCAGUCCUCCCUGUAUAGCGCUCAGAGGAAUCCCAACAAAAGGUUCCCAGUCAGUCAAGUCGCCGACACCAUGACGAGAGACAGGUGGGAAGAAAUCAAGCAGUCACUGCAUUUUAGUGACAACCAGGAAGCACCAGACCAGAAUGACCCCGAACGUGACAGGCUUUACAAAGUGCGGCCCCUGUUGGACCACCUGGUCGCCAAAUGCCACGAGAUACCAAAAUCUCAAAAGCUAUGCGUUGAUGAGCAGCUGGUGCCGUUCAAAGGCCGCAGCUCAUUGAAACAGUAUUUGCCCAACAAGCCCAAAAAAUGGGGUUAUAAGCUUUUCCUUCUCUGCGAUGAACGCGGCAUAAUGUCCAACUUUGAAGUUUACACAGGCAAAAUUCUUCCUCAGCAAGGUUUUCCCGACAUCGGCGCAGGUGGCAACAUCGUCCUGCGAAUGGCGAGUAUCGUGCCCCGCGGUCUAGACUACAUCUUGUAUUUUGACAACUGGUUUUGCGGCGUGGACUUACAUGUAGUGCUCAAGAAGUUUGGAAUCAGUUCCGUAGAAACAGUACGCGAGGCUUGCGUAAAAGGAUGCAAACUUCCAUUCGACAAAGAUCUGAAGAAGAAAGGGCGUGGCUCUUACGUGGAAAUGGCGACCACAUUUGAAGGGGUGAGCCUGAGGGCUGUCAAGUGGUUUGACAACCGCCCCGUGACUUUACUGUCCACGUUUGCUUCAGCGUCACCCGAGCAGGCCGUGAAGCGCUUCGACAAGAAGACCCGAACGACUGUGAGCAUACCCCGCCCUGCUAUUGUCGGCAUCUACAAUGAAUGCAUGGGAGGUGUUGAUCUUUUGAACAUGCUUGUGGCACUCUACCGCAUCCACGUAAGGUCAAAAAAGUGGUACAGGAGGCUCUUUUUUCAUUUAUUGGAUGUAGUAGUUUUCAACUGCUGGCUCCUCUACCGCCGAGAUGCCACCGCGGCUAACGUGCCUUGCAAGCACUAA